CCAAUAUGCUGCGCGCUUUUGGCCAAAAAAUCAGUUGCUGUUAAUCGGAUGCUGCGGCCAGUUGUCGCUCGUGGGCCGAGCUGCGAGUUUUACCGAGUCGCUGACGAACCUCAAAACGUGAAUCGUCUCUUUCGUGUCUUUUUCGUGAAUCGGCGUGAAAUACUACUAUAUAAUAUAGUAUAAAUUUACAUAAAUCCCAAAACUGAUCUACAUUAAAAUAAAAGUAAAAACACGCGCAACACGCAUCCGCAAUCGAUAGUGAAGACAACACAAUAAAAAAGUAUGACUUAAUAAUAAUCAAAAGUGUAUAAGUUCAUAAACCUUGUUAAUAAACCAUCAGCAUCAGCAACAUCAUUAACAUUUUAGCGAAAUGUUACUAAUAAGCAAAUAUUCCAAAAUGCAAUUCGUGUAUACAAAAUGAGUUUCAUUUCAUCACAAAAAGAAAAAAAAAAGUGAAACACAUUUCAAAAACCCAAAAGUGCAAUGCUCGCCAAAGAUCUGGAAACAAUAUCAAAGCAGUUCAAAGCAAUAAAAAUCAAAAAUUAAAGAUAAAGCUAAAAACAAAAAAAUAAAGUAAAUAAAACUGUGGCAGGCGGCAACAUUUUAUAAAUUUAAAUUAAACGUGUUUUAAAUGCACAAAACGUUAAGCGAAAAAAGUUGCUUGAUUAACAAAAAAAAAGAACAACAGAAAAAAAGAAUAAUUAAUUGGCAUAAAGUGAAUUGAAAAACCCCAAAGAAUAUAAUGCAAAAGAGUUUCAGUUGUCGCCACUUUUCUGGCAUCAUCACUGUGGCAUUUGUUACUCGUAUCUCUGGCGAUCAGUUGGCUAAGUUAUUCAUUAGGCCAAAUUCGGUGCAAAGUUGAUGUCCACUUAAGGCAAAAACCAUAAAAUUCUUGAAUUUUUAAAUGAACACAAAAUCAAUUUCAUAUGCAAAAGCGUUUGCUCAAAAAGUAAAAAGAAUAAUUAAAGUUAUGUAUAUGAAAUAUAUAAUACAAGAAACACAUAAAAGGCACUUUAUGGUCAUCGAUGAACCAUAAUUUUUUGAGUGCGUCGCGCGAAUUCGCGAAUUUGAAUUCGAAACCGAAACUGAAACCGAAACCGAAUCAAAUUCUUAUUGGCCAUCGUUCAACGCCCAUAGAUUUGAAGCGCCCCUUGAUCACUUGAUCACCUGAUAGCCAAGCAGACGCCCAACACAUAUAUGCAGAUAGUUAACGAAAACGAUACAAAGCAGAGCUCUACAUGAGGGAGAGAGAGAUGAGAAACCAGUUUCAUAUAAUAAUAAAACACAAUUCGACAACAUUCUUGAAACGUGCAUAUUUUGUAUAAAUACAUAUUUAUAACAACACACAAAACACAACACGCAGCAAUAUUUUUAUUUAUUUUGUUGUUGUUUUUCUGUAUUUGUUUUCGGCGAGAUACAUACACUUAUAAUAAUAAUGUCAUCUAAAAGCUGUUAGCCGCCUUUUUACGACAAUGCUCGUCGUCUUGAAUGAAUAAGUUCGUGUGGAUAUCUCUGAAUAUUAGGCAUACUUAUUAGCUGCAGAGUUCAGCAGCUCUUCUCCGUUGACCUUGAACCAAAAGCAAAGAUUCCACUCCACCCUCAAGAAGCAAACUCAUUGUCCUGUGGAUGUAUUUGCCUCUGUUUGUGAUACAUGGCAGUGUUUCGAGUAUUUCAAUUAAUUUCCACUUAGCAAUGCAAAUUAAUUUCAUAAGAAUCUGUCAAGGACAUUCAGACACCUGACACCCAGGCCCCAAGCCCAGAUGUCUGCCUGCAAUCCUUAGAUUGGCUAAUGUUUAAUUCUGUGUGACGGGUGAAACAAAGAGACAGAGCGAGAAAGACAGAUUCUAACGAAUUAUUGAUGCCAAAAGUUUGUGUAUUAUUAUUGAAGCAUUACUGCCAAAUGGUCAGAAGACAAAUUGAAAACCUUUAAAAUAAAUUAAAUUGCAAUUUAUAAAUUGUUGUCCCUUCCUUUCCAUAUUUCCUCUAGCCAUCUGUCCAAUUUAGACUAUCAAAUGAUAUUUUAACUGAGACACACACACACACCCACACACACUGAUUCACAUGUCGUCUGAGAUGUGGGCAACAAAUGUGUCUACGGGGGGCGUUGGCAUAGGCAGCUACAAUGGCACGCCCCUUUUGUCAGACCUCCAGAUGCUCCACAAUGAGAAAUUCUUUCUGAAUUUAACCCAAGUGCUGAACAUAUCAGUCGACAACUUGACCAGCCUGCUGCAGGGCAUCGAAACCGAGGAUCUGCUGCCAUACACAAUGCCAACAAGCAUGGGUCUUUUGGCCACGUUAAGCGUUGGCUAUGCUCUCAUAUUUGUAGCCGGCAUAUUGGGAAAUUUAAUUACCUGCAUUGUGAUCUCACGCAACAAUUUUAUGCACACGGCCACAAAUUUCUAUUUAUUCAAUUUGGCCAUAUCGGAUCUGAUACUGUUAUGUUCGGGCAUGCCACAGGAUCUGUAUAAUCUCUGGCAUCCCGACAAUUAUCCCUUCUCGGACAGCAUCUGCAUAUUGGAGAGCGUGCUCUCCGAAACAGCUGCGAAUGCCACUGUGCUGACCAUCACCUCGUUCACCGUGGAGCGUUAUAUUGCCAUUUGCCAUCCGUUCAGGCAACACACCAUGUCGAAGCUGUCGCGUGCCAUAAAAUUCAUCUUUGCCAUUUGGAUAGCUGCCCUCCUGCUGGCCCUGCCACAAGCCAUUCAAUUCUCGGUGGUGACUCAGGGCGCAGGUUCAUCGUGUACGAUGAAUAACGACUUCUUUGCACAUGUGUUCGCUGUUUCCGGCUUUCUCUUUUUUGGCGGACCAAUGACGGCCAUCUGUGUGCUUUACGUGCUGAUUGGAAUAAAGCUAAAGAGGAGCCGUCUCCUCCAGGCUUUGCCACGUCGCUCCUACGAUGUAAACCGUGGCAUCAGCGCACAGACGCGUGUCAUCCGGAUGCUGGUGGCUGUGGCUGUUGCCUUCUUCAUCUGUUGGGCGCCAUUUCAUGCGCAACGCUUGAUGGCGGUUUACGGCUCGACGUUCCGCAUCGAGUCGCAGUGGUUCAACGAUGUAUUCAGCAUAUUGAACUACACUUCCGGAGUGCUCUAUUUCCUAUCCACGUGCAUUAAUCCGUUGUUGUAUAACAUAAUGAGCCACAAGUUCCGAGAGGCCUUCAAGGUCACAUUGGCGCGACAAUUUCGACUGUCUGGAAAGCAUCAGGGUCAGGGAUUACCGCAUGCCUACAGCGCACUGCGACGCAAUCAGACGGGAUCACUGCGUCUGCACACGGAUAGCGUACGCACAACUACAACGCUGACCACUCUCAAUGGCAGCACUGCGAAUGGAGGCGUGGCAGCUGCUGGAGGAGCUGCGCGUAGUUCGCAGCGCUUGCAACGUGGCUCGCUGAACAGUUCGCAUGCCACGCUGUUGAGCACACAGAGUCGCAGUCGUCAGGAUUUGUUUGCAACACGUGCCACAAGCGCUGAGGCAGCAGCAGCGGCGGCAGCAACAGCUGCGGCACAUCCGCCUGCUCAUCCACAUCCGCAUCCACAUCGCACGCUGCAAACGCAAAUAUCGCAAUUAUCAUCGGUGGGCGAUGCCCACUCGCUGCUGGAGGCGGAGCUGGGUCAGUGGCCAGAGGAGCAAUACGAACUGUCCGCUCGCCAUAAAUGUCAGCAGCAGCAGCAGCAGCAUCCAGCUGGUUGUCUCUCCUCCCAGCCUGCCAUGGGGGCGAUUGACGAGUUGAGUUGUCAGUCGAGCGUGGGAGGAGGAGCCUUUGAUGCUGGCAGCAUGGGUCUCUCUCGUUCCCGUCUCAAGCUGACGCGCAUCACGCGGCACUUGCCACAAUCCCCUGCGAGUGAAGUAGCAGCAAUGUCAACGCCAGCCAUGGAGCCUGGGGCAACCACAAGAUGUAGCGGGAAAGUGCGUAAGGCAAAGGCCAAAACGUCGAAGACAUCAAGUGCUCUGAAAGGUCUGCGAGCCAAAUUGAAUUGGCGUGGCAGGCACAAAGAUGGCGCCACCAAUGGAGCCAUCGACCAUGGUGAUAAUGUUGGCCACAAGUCGCCGUCAACAACAACGACAAGGCCAACGACAACGACAACGGAACGUGCUCUUUAUUGAAAGCACUUCAAGGAAAAGCAAAAUGUGUCGCCAAAUUUCGGAGGGGGAAACACACACGGGUCUGGGGGGACAGGUACAUAACUGUGAUAAGAGCAGCAGAAGCAGAAACAGAAACUGAAACUGAAACAGAGACAUCGAAGCAUCUCGGCUGGUUCCAGCGCAAAAAAACAAUUCCAAGUUGUGGUCAAUUAGUAGCCGCUUCUAUUCCUAGCACAUAUUACACACUUAGUCAUAAAUUUUUUCCUGCAUGUACUCCUAAUGUUAUUACUGAUCUGCUCAACUGUUUAUCUUGAAUAAAGCAGAAUAUAUUUCACUAGAA